UUGCCUUUUUCACAGAAAUCGACGGUUCUCGCUUUCGUGACGGACUUUCACGGCGACGAUCGAUCACAGUGUGAAGAUGAAGCGAGAGAAACUAUCAAGGAAGCCUUAAAGUUUAUGCGGAACCAGCUUUUCGAGGUUCCAUUCAUAGCGUUCUAUCGUAAAGAAUUAGUUAGCAAUGUGCUAUCAAUAAACGAUCUUUGGAAGGUUUAUGAAUGGGAUGAAAAGUGGUGCCAUCUCCAGAAUCGCAAGAAGAAGCUUGUUGACUUGAUGAAGCGAAUGCAGUAUUAUCAAACGGAGUCGCUACAGAACUAUCGUCGUGUGGUUUCAGAUGAUGACAUCAUAGAGGUUCAAAACGUGGACACCGUCGAAGCACUGGGCGAUCUAUCGGCACAGUUUCACGUUUACUACGGUUCUGAGGUCGGCCGUAUGCUUGACUGGGAAGCGGCACAGAAAGAUAUCGAUGAGGGAGGUGACGGCACCAACGUCCAUGGGACUAGAUUUCGACAAAGCACCCGAAACGAUCGGUAUCAGUUAUGUGUGGAUAAUGGUAUUGGUGAAAUGGUGGCCAGAUUUGGUAUCACGGCUCGACAGCUUGCAGAGAAUCUGGAUUGGAAGAAGCAUGAUGUUGAGCAAGACCCGGUUGCUCCUAAAGUGGCAGCAGCAGAUUACACAAGCUCUUCGUUCCCUACUCCUGAAACUGUCAUAGCGGGAGCUAUUUAUAUGAUGGCUCGUGAACUCAGUCGAGAGCCGAUUGCGCGGGAGCGUAUUCGAUCGGUGUACCGUUCAAAUGUGAAAACUUUAUGUUCAUCCAACACAAAAAGGUCGCGAACAUCUAGACGAAACAAGCCCCGUUUGGAAGAUGAGGUAAAGAAAAACAGUAGAAUAGUGCUCGUUGUUAGUAUUACCGGUAAGUUUAAAACGGCUGUCAUCGUUCCCAGAUAUGUGAAAGGCAAACCAGUAUCCAUGUUGGAGGAAGAGGAAUUUUUAUAUUAUCAUCAAGCGAAAGUAGCAGAACACUUGGAAGUCAAGUUCAUGUUCGAGAAGGAUGUGGACGAUUCCAUGGUCGUGAGAAGUUUAUCGGAUGCUCUUCUUGCGGAACAGCCAUUCAGAGUGGACGAAUACUCCGAAAUUGUCGAAGAAUGGAAUUCAAUACGUGAGAAAGCUACGAGAAUGGCUAUCGAUGAAAUGGUUCUUCCUUUUCUCGAGAAAGAACUCGAGGAAAAACUGCUAGAUGAGGCAAAAGAAAGCGUUCUUUUGAAGUGUGCUAAGGCUAUGUACACACGGUUGGAACCAGCAGCAUUCCAGCCUACAGAGGAACAACUGGAAGAUGAAGACGAAGAUGUUGCUCGUCAGGGAGAAGUACGAGUGAUGGCAAUCGCGUAUCCUACGGAUUUUAGCGAAGCUUCGUUUGGAGUGCUGGUGGAUCAAGAUGGGGCUGUGAUAGAUUACUGUCGAAUGGUUCACUUCUUGAAGCGUUCCGGGGGAUUUGGACCUAAUCAAAAUCUAAAGGCAGAGUCGAUGAACUUCUUCAAAAAGUUUGUUGAACGUCGUCGUCCGCAUGUGAUUGGGCUAUGUGGAGAAAAUUUGGAGAGUAUUCGUCUUCGUCGAGAUCUCGAGGAAUGUUUGAACACGAUGGUCUCAGAAGGCGAUAUUUCUCGAGCUCCACCAGUUUAUAUUUUGGAUAACGAGGCUGCAAAAGUGUACAUGUUGUCAAAGGGUGCCAUAGCGGAACAUUCCGGCUAUCCUCCAACACUUCUCCAAGCAAUAUCCUUGGCUCGACUCCUUCUGGACCCGUUGUGGGAAUAUGCUCACCUGUGGAAUGCCGAUGAGGACAUCUUCUGUCUCAAUUUCCAUCCUUUACAAAGCGAAAUCAGCAAGGACGACUUGAGCAAUGCGCUUUCACGUGAAUUAAUAAAUCGUGUGAACGAAGUUGGUGUUGACGUGAAUAGAUGUCUGGAGCAUCCGCACACUGCCAAUGUUCUGCAGUUUGUUUGUGGGCUUGGACCUCGAAAAGCCACUCACCUCUUGAAAAUGCUGAAGCAACAUGACCAUUUACUUGAGAGUAGAACGAAACUCGUAACGCUCUGUCGCAUGGGGCCCAAAGUGUUCAUGAACUGUGCGGGAUUCAUCAAAAUCGACACAACACGGGUUGCUGAAAAAACAGAUGCAUAUGUCGAAGUGCUUGAUGGCUCUCGUGUCCACCCUGAAACUUAUGAAUGGGCCAGAAAGAUGGCAGUCGAUGCUUUGGAGGUGGACGAUUCAGCCGACCCAACGACGGCUCUGGAGGAGAUUCUGCAGGCUCCCGAUCGUCUCAAAGAUCUUGAUUUGGAUGCCUUUGCUGAAGAAUUGAAGCGACAGGAACUUUUUGGGUUGUUAACGAAAGAAUCCAAGAUUACAUUGAUGGAGGAGAAACGGGUUUGCGGUGUCGUUAUAGGUGUUCAGUUCAAAAGGAUUCCUGAAGACCAACGGGCAGCAUAUAUUUCUGGGCAAGAACACAUGCAACGGAUUCAAGAAUCAGAGUACUGGGAGUGCUCAUUUUGUCGAAUGCCUAUCAUUUCCAACAAGCUUUAUGAACAUCUACAGAUUAAAGAUUCUCGGAAAGGUGGCUGUCCAGGAAUUCCUGUUGGCAUAAAAGUCAAACUUGAUAACGGUAUUAACGGCUUCAUACCCAACAAGAUGAUUUCGGACAAGCCAGAAUCUUUCAAAAACCCACUCGAACGGGUCAAAAUGAACCAGCCGAUCUACUGUCGCAUAAUUAAAUUGGAACCCGAGAAGUUCUCUUGCCUUUUGUCAUGUCGUACAUCUGACCUAAAUAAAGAACCAGUAGCUGAGCACGAUACUUACUGGGAUUAUGAGUUAGAGAAGGAAGACAUUGAGAAGGAUCGCAGCGCGAAGAGCCAAAAGCAGCAGCUUCAGGCGGAAUGCAAUUUCACUCAUCGACAAAUUGUUCAUCCACAAUUCCACAACGUCAGCUAUCGCGAAGCGCAGAGAAUGCUUGGAGCAAAAGACACGGGUGACAUCAUUAUUCGACCGUCGGCGAAGUCAAACAAUCGAUUGACCAUUUCUUGGAAAGUGGCCGAUGGAGUUGUGGCCAACAUUGACGUCGAAGAGCAUGAUAAGGAAGAUCCAACUGAGCUAGGACGACGGCUCACUAUUCUAGGCGAGGACUUCGACGAUCUUGACGAAGCCAUUGCUCGAUUUUUGUAUCCGAUGGCAGAUCUCUGCAGAGACGUAAUGUCUUACAAGUACUUCAUGGAUGGUGUUUUCUCUGAAGAACGAGACAGGAUCGAAGCGAGACUACGAGAUGAAAAACGGGCGUCGCCAGCACGAAUCCCAUACGUAUUGACCGCAUCCCGCACAUAUCCAGCAAAAUUCGUUAUUUCUUAUCUGGCAAGGGUGAAACCGUGCCAUGAGUACAUAUCAGUGACCAGUGAAGGAUUGAAAUUCCGGCAGAAGUUCUUUUCAUCUCUCGACGCUCUUCUUGCUUGGUUCAAGGUUCACUUCCGCGAACCUCC